GCCGAAUUCUACCUUUUUUCGCCCGCGCCAUGGCGAGCCGGGGGGCUCGUCAGCGCCUGAAGGGGAGCGGGGGCAGCGGCGGGGACACGGUCUCGGCGGCGGACAAGCUGCGGGAGCUGCUGUGCAGCCGGGAGGCGAGCGGCGCGGAGCCCAGGACCGAGUUAUCUGGAAACAAAGCAGGACAAGUCUGGGCACCUGAGGGAUCUACUGCUUUCAAGUGUCUGCUCUCAGCAAGGUUAUGUGCUGCUCUCCUGAGCAACAUCUCUGACUGCGAUGAAACCUUCAACUACUGGGAACCAACACACUACCUCAUCUAUGGGAAGGGGUUUCAGACUUGGGAAUAUUCCCCAGUUUAUGCGAUUCGCUCCUAUGCCUACCUGUUGCUUCAUGCCUGGCCAGCUGCAUUUCAUGCAAGAAUUCUACAAACUAAUAAGAUUCUUGUCUUCUACUUUUUACGAUGUCUCCUGGCUUUUGUGAGCUGUAUCUGUGAACUUUACUUUUAUAAGGCUGUGUGCAAGAAGUUUGGGCUGCAUGUGAGUCGGAUGAUGCUGGCCUUCUUGGUUCUUAGCACUGGCAUGUUUUGCUCAUCAUCAGCACUCCUUCCUAGCAGCUUCUGUAUGUACACCACGCUGGUAGCCAUGACUGGCUGGUACAUGGACAAGACUUCCAUUGCUGUGCUUGGAGUAGCAGCUGGGGCUAUCUUGGGCUGGCCAUUCAGUGCUGCUCUUGGUUUACCCAUUGCCUUUGAUUUGCUGGUCAUGAAACACAGGUGGAAGAGUUUCUUUCUUUGGUCUCUGGUGGCUCUGAUGCUCUUUCUGGUGCCUGUGGUGGCCAUUGACAGUUACUACUAUGGGAAGCUGGUGGUGGCACCCCUGAACAUUGUUCUGUACAAUGUCUUCACUCCUCACGGACCUGAUCUUUAUGGUACGGAACCCUGGUAUUUCUACUUAAUUAAUGGAUUCCUUAAUUUUAAUGUAGCCUUUGCUUUGGCUCUCCUGGUCUUACCGCUGACCUCUCUCAUGGAACACCUGCUGCAGAGAUUUCACGUUCAGAAUUUAGGUCACCCGUAUUGGCUUACCUUGGCUCCAAUGUAUAUUUGGUUUAUAAUUUUCUUCAUCCAGCCUCACAAAGAGGAGAGAUUUCUUUUCCCUGUGUAUCCACUUAUAUGCCUCUGUGGCGCUGUGGCCCUUUCUGCACUUCAGAAAUGUUACCACUUCGUGUUUCAGCGAUACCGUCUGGAGCAUUACACUGUGACGUCGAACUGGCUGGCGUCAGGAACGCUCUUCGUGUUCGGGCUCCUGUCCUUUUCCCGCUCUGUGGCAUUGUUCAAAGGGUAUCACGGGCCGCUUGAUUUGUAUCCAGAAUUUUACCGAAUUGCCACGGACCCGGCCAUCCACACUGUCCCAGAAGGCAGGCCUGUGAAUGUCUGUGUAGGAAAGGAGUGGUAUCGAUUCCCCAGUAGCUUCCUUCUGCCUGACAAUUGGCAGCUUCAGUUCAUUCCAUCAGAGUUCAGGGGCCAGUUACCAAAACCUUUUGCAGAGGGACCACUGGCCACCCGGAUUGUUCCUACUGACAUGAACGACCAGAACCUGGAGGAACCAUCCAGAUACAUUGACAUCAGUAAAUGCCAUUAUUUAGUGGAUUUGGACACCAUGAGAGAAACACCUCGGGAGCCAAAAUACUCAUCGAACAGAGAAGAAUGGAUCAGCUUGGCCUACAGACCAUUCCUUGAUGCUUCUAGAUCUUCAAAGUUGCUGCGGGCAUUCUACAUCCCCUUCCUGUCAGAUCAGUACACAGAGUAUGCAAACUACACCAUCCUCAAACCCCGGAAAGCAAAGCAAAUCAGGAAGAAGAGUGGAGGUUAGCAACAUGCCUGUGGCCCCAAAGGACGACCAUCCUGUUAACUAGCGACUUCACUGACAGGACGCCCUCCAGAUCAUCGUUUGUAAUGUUUGUAAUAAAGGCUGUCUGACACAGGAGUCUGGAAUCCGGGUGCUUUGGGCUGGUCCGAGUCAUUCCCAUUCACGUCUUGUCCGUGUCUCUCUCCUGCAUGUGAACUUUUGGCAGCUAGGCAGAGAAAGGCCCUAAAGUCUGGUAGGUUUGUUGCUCUACAUCUUACUUACUUUUCCUCUGUUCGAUAUUUACUAGACCGCAGAAGAGCAGAGCCACCUCACAGGAAGAAUUGAGAACCCCUGAAUUGGAUGGCUGCGUUAGGCUGUGUCUCCAUACUCUGGCCUGGCGUCUGAGAACUUGCAAGCCCGUCUUGGGCCACAUGGGCUUCUCCACCAAAGCUGUCUGGCAGCUGCUAGCAGACGUUAUUCAAAUCCUAGUGCUCAAAACGAGCACAGCCUAAUUGCCAACCUACAUGUCCUUUUCACCUCGUGCAGGACUCAGCUUCCCUAAAGCACUUCACAGGACGAGGACCCUGUCCUGGAGAUAUCUCAGGAAAACGGCAACCGUUUGAGGAACUGUGACCUAAUUUCGUUAUGUAGGAUGCCUCUUCCUCUCAGUUUAUUUCCUGUACAACAAACUGUGACUGUGUUCAGUUCUAGCAUGCUGUUCCUUGAUUUCAAGACUUUUCUGUAUCAAAGUAUCAAGAGAUUAGACCAUAACUGUACAGGACAUAUUUGGAGAAAAUUAAUUUGGUCACUUGGUAGGUAGGUGUGGAUGAUCUCACAUUUUUAAGUAAUGUACUUUGAGGCCAUUUCUGAGGAAAUUAAGAAUUUUUUUUUAAACCCUAGUGGAAAAGGCCAGUGUAUAUUUAUAGCACCUAUUUUUGAGUCUAUCUAUUGCAAAGCACAUUCUGCAUGGGGGCACUUCUACUCAAAUAGGCAAUGAUAAAGGACCUAAUUAAAGUGUAGUGAGUAUAUACUGUUACUUUACAUACAGUAUUUCACAGCUGAGAAAGCACUUUCACAUGAUCUCAUUUGGUCCUCACAGUCACAGUGUGAGGCAGACUAGACAAGUGGUUUUGUCCCCAUUUUACAGAUGAUGAAACAGGCUUUGGGGGUGGGGCGGGGGGAAGGUCAAGUGGCUUGCCCAAGGCCACAGUCCAUCACAGAGCUGGGAUUAGAACCCGGGGUCCUCAACUUCUUACCUAGUGCCCUUCCAUACUUUCUCUCUUGACUCUGAAGACAUUACUUGAAAGAAUGACGAUGUUGGCUAGAGACCUGACUGAUCGUGUACCUUUCUAUUUUAAGGAAGAAUUUUAUCUGUAUUUCUUUGAGUUCCUCAGAGCCUCCAUUCUGCCUGUGGGUUAGACCAUCACAGUAGCACGCUGUGACGCGGCCCGGCCUGUGUCAGGGAACUUGUGCUCUUGUUUGGAAGCCCUGCUCCCUUGCGGCCACACAGGAUGUCUUAUCAGUUCCAUUUCUACACAGUCAAUCUGGGGUCCUGGUAUGGGUGCCUUAUUUCCCUAAGGUAAUCGUGUCUAGUAAUCUGCACAGACGAGCAAGUGGUUUUUCAGAAUUUUCAUCCUUCAUUUUCCAAAGAGAAGGGCUUUUCAACAGGAACUGACCCCAAGAGAGGAGAAAGGAAGUCCCAGGGGAAGAAAUGGCUAGUCAACAUAGAAAAGUCUCUUCCUUGUCGGAGUCCCUCUCCUGGGCUUUCCAGACUGAGGGUGAAGCGCUGGAGAGGAAACAGGUCUAGACACUGCAGAACAGUAACCGGAGAGCGGAGAUAAAGUGGGGUCCCGCUUCCUGCUUUAAAGAUUUCUGGUAUUUAAUUCUCCAUACUUGUUCACUGCUUUCCAAGGCAAAUGUUGGCACGUGUGGUCUGACUACGGGGUAGGGGUUUUCAGUGAGCCCUCUGGCCACACCUGCGGUAACUGCACUGUCUUCCCUGAUGGCUAAAGCCCUCUGCUUUUUACAGGAAAAUGAGUCCCAUGAUGGAGGUCCCUGGUGAGUAGCUUUUUUCCUAAUCAGAGUGAUACAGUGCUAGUCUCAUGUAUCACCUUGCAUGUUAAAAACCCCGAAACUUUCUAAGAACUUCCUGUAAUAGAGCACAUAAAAGAUCACAAUUGAUCAAAGGAUUCCUUGGGGAUAUCAGGUCCUAUCCCUUUUGAAACCUGGUUUUGGUUUCCUCUGUUCUAAGUACAUCUUUAGUGAGAGCACAAUAAAUUAUGGGACACUGUGCCAAAUGCUGUGGGUAAGGGAUGUAUAAAUGAAUGUUUUUCAUUGUGAAAAUGAGUAUUUUUCACGUGAUGUUAUAUAAACACAUUUUUGAGAAAUUUCCAUCUCAGCAGUACAGGGAGGCCAGCUGUGCCUGGGAAAAGGUUUCAAAACACCCGGUCAGACAAGCAGUUCUCCUCUGGAGCAUCCGAGUUGAGCAUGAGCUAACUGCUCUGCUCACUCUAUGGAUGAAGUACCUGAGGGAUGAAGUAUCCCUUUGCACAGAUAGUUGAGUAUUGAGGAAUGAAAGACUGCAGAUUAUUUGUAAUAAACUUUGAUGAUGGAGCUGAAUGAGAGAGUAGGUGUGCUUGUAUUUGACAGUUUCAGGGCUUUCUGAUUUCUGAAGUUUAUUUUUGGUAAUCUGUACAUGGGGCUCAAACUCACAGCCCUGAGACCAAGAGUCAUAUGCCCUUCCCGCUGAGCCAGCCAGACGCUCCCCUGAUCUACCUUAAGCAGCCUUAUCUGAAUCCUAGAUCUUAUGACACUGAGUCCCAUUACUGACCCAGACAGUGUGCUAGGCAUCUAUUAUCAAAGUGUACCUGGCACUUGGUGGCUGUCAUCUGAUAAGACUGAAGACCAGACAUUUUAAUCUCUUGGGAUAAUCAGAAAAUGGGAGCCCAUACUCUUUAUUACUGAAUUCAACUUUAGAAACAGAUUGGUUUAAAUCAGGGUGGUUCUUGAUCUCAACCAUUUACUUGGGUCUUUUUUUUUUUUUUUUAAUUUAUUUUAUUUUUUUUUUACAAAUAGUUUAUUGUACUUGGGUCAUUUUUUUCUAGUUUGGAGUUCUGGGAAAGAACCUUAAAAACUCACGUGGUUUUGUAGCAUUACGUCUGGAGCAACUGCUUGGGCAACACACCAGUGGCAAUCCUUUGUUGUGCUUUGCAUUUCAUGGGAUUUGAAAUAAGAAUUCACUGUGAUUAUGCUGUCUUCUAGCCAGUGUCAGGCAGCUCUGCUUUAAUUUGGUUAUUUUUUCCGAAGAGGAAAAAGAGACUCAAUUUUAGUCUUUGCCUCCACAGCCUAUUAAAGCUCAUGUGUUAAUUCAUUCUUAUGUUACUACAUUAAAUGCCUUGAGUAAAUGGAUAGAUGGACAUGUGCUCAGCUUUAUUCUUUUGCAACAGAAAGAAGAGAUUUCAGAGGCUCUCUGGUGUUUUGGUAAAUCUAAAUGAAUGUUGCCUUUAAUUCUUCCAGUAUAUAUAUAACCAUGUAAUUCAUGCUGCAGAUGAAAUCAGGAAGCAGUGCAGUGUUGAAGCAAGAGUAUUGUCCAGUUCAUUUGUCUUCCUGAUCCUUGCACUUUAUUCCACCUGUCACUAUUUAUGUCUCAUACGUGUGUUUUCUGUGAAAGAAAAAGUUAAAUAAAUCUUGGCAAUUUGA